AUGGGCAGCGUAGGACAGCUGCCAUAUUGGCACAUGAACGUGCCGGAAGAUGAGAGGACGGAGCAGUGUCCCGAGUUCCUCCGCAACCUGAGCCCCAAGGACCUGGGUAUUAUCAGCACCCCCGAUGAGGAUUACCACAUCAUCAGCUGGCCCGAGGUUCAGGGCAUAGUAGCGGAGAAUCGCCUCGGGGACUUUCAGAGAUUGCCAUCCGAGCUGAGGAGGUAUCUGGGCUACAACUGGAAGCUCAAGCAAGAUUAUGGCAGCGUCAUGAACUUCGUCUUGAACGAGCGCCUAGGCUGGCAAGCGCCCACAGUCGCCCGAGGCCGUCCGUUCGAGCAUGAGGAGGACAUCAAGAUUCUCUGGAACGAUUGGCCCUACGGGCUCGACAAGAGGGUAGUGCACCUGGUGGUAUGGACCAAAUUCGAUCUCGAGGAAGACCCUGUCACCACAGACCUUACCGAAGCAAUGAGGAAGGAGAUCGACGCAUAUGUGAAUAAGACCUUCGGGUCGAGGCUCCCGAGAGACAACUAUACAUGGUUCAAGAACUGGAGAUCUUUGAAGUCUGUUCAAGCUGUUGAACAUUUCCACGUCAUGCUGUUCGACCCUGAUCCAGACUUCAUCGACGAAACCACAAAGGGCGAUAUACCACUUUGCCGAAAAGUGUGA